GAUGACGGCAGUAAUUUUGUAAAUAUUGCAGCGUACACAAAAUCUGCACAGCUCUCGUUCCAUUGUACUGCAGCGAGCAAUUAAAGUGUUGCAUUAUUUUUAUAUAAAAAAGACCCCGCUUUCUAAUGUGAUUGUCCAUUGUGGAGGUUGUUAAGUUGAAGCCGCCACAACUCGCGCUCCAGGCUGGUUCCAGUGCACCAUCCCACGGCACCAUCUCACGGCAGCAAGGUGGCGAACUAUACCGGAUCGAGCACAGCGGGUGGAAAAAUGCGUCGAACGCAGGGCGGCUACAGCUACCAGCCGCUGCCGCAGCAGGCCGCCGGCCCCAGCAGUGCCACCGGCCAUGAUGCGCUCGAGGAGGAAAACGAGCGCAUGGCCGAGGAGCUGAAGGGUAAGAUCGGAGCACUGAAGUCCCUCACGAUCGACAUCGGGAACGAGGUGAGGUACCAGGACCGGUUGCUGCGGGGCAUCGACGAGGAUAUGGACCGGACCGGCGGCUUCAUGUCGAACACGAUCAACCGGGUCGUGCGGCUGGGGAAGGGCGGCCACCGGAACUACAUGUGCUACAUGUUUCUCUUUGUGCUGGCCGUGUUUUUCGUGCUGUAUGUUGUGCUGAAGCUGCGAUAGUAGUUUACGUGACUCUCUUCCCGUUUCAUAUUUUUGUAUUUACACACUAUCACACCAACGAUACGAAUGUUUGUUAUAUUAAAGUAAUUAUGUACGCAACUAUCCUAAAUA